AGAUUUAGGAUUUUCAUCUGUACUGCUGUCUGAACUAUAGAUCAUACACCACUGCUAACCUCAUUGAACCGAUGAGGUCUUUGUAAGUGUGAAACACAAAAUGAUCUUUGUUAAAAUGAUGACACCGUUACUAGGUGACUGAAAACAAAACGGCCUUGUUACCUUUUAAAAAUGGUUAAAUGUUCGCAAUUUAACAUCAUUCUUAAGAACAAUAAUUGUAACUUAUACAUUUUUAAAAACAUUGGUGUAUGUCGCAAAAGGUAAACUUGAGCUCAGGAAUCCUUGAACAGGUGGUUGCUGAUAUGGAUUGUGAACACUGUUAACGCGUCGCUCAAGGCUCAUCAGGAUGAUUGACAGCUGCUCCACCUGAACCUCAGGAUGCCUGUGGUGCCAGUGGGCGGGGCAUCCUCUUCCCACCACGUCGUACCUGUCGCCCUCACUUGCUCCUGGAUGCUCCUGCUCUUCCACGCCGCCUUUGGUCAGAAACCAGCUAAGCUGCCGCUGAUUGGCCGGAAGCCCUUCAUCGCCGCCUGGAACGCCCCGCUCGACAUGUGCACCAUCAAGUACAACGUCACCACCAACCUUGACCGCCUCUUCCACAUUCAGGGGAGCCCGCGUGCUGAUUGGACAGGCCAGAACGUCACCAUCUUCUACGCCAACCGGCUGGGCUACUACCCCUACUACACACCGCAGGGCGUUGCUGUGCAUGGCGGCCUUCCGCAGAACUGCAGCCUGGACCAGCACCUGUUCAAGGCCUACCAGGACAUUAACCACUUCAUCCCCGCAGAGGACUUCCGUGGCCUGGCUGUCAUUGACUGGGAGUUCUGGCGGCCUCAGUGGAACCGUAACUGGCACAAGAAGGACAUCUACCGGCGCAAGUCCAGGGAGUUGACCGCCAAGGCAUACGUCAAUGUGACGGCGGCACAGGUGGAGGAGCUGGCACGGCGGCGGUUUGAGAAGAGCGCCAGGGCAUUCAUGCAGAGGACUAUCCAGCUGGGGACACGCCUUCGCCCCAAUGCCCUCUGGGGUUUCUAUCUCUACCCCGACUGCCACAACUACAACCUGCAUGAGCAGAACUACACAGGCUUCUGCCCCCUGCUGGAGAGGCUGAGGAACGACGAGCUGCUGUGGCUGUGGAACAGCAGCACGGCGCUCUUCCCCUCUGUGGCGAUCAGGAAAAGUCACACCAACAGCAUCAGCAACCUGCACUUCUCCCAGCAUAGGAUCCGAGAGUCGCUCCGCGUCGCCUCGCUGACCUCCAAAGAGUACGACCUCCCCACCUACGUGUACCUGCGGCUGGGCUACCGAGACGAGGCCCUGGCCUUCCUCACAGCAAAAGACUUGAUCCACACUAUCGGCGAGUGUGCUGCUCUGGGAGCUGCAGGAUUCGUCAUUUGGGGAGACUUGAACUUGACCUCGUCCAGGCAUAACUGCACCAAGGUGAAAUCCUUCCUGAGACACCGCCUUGGCCGGUACAUCACCAACGUGACACGAGCAGCCGAGGUCUGUAGCGACUUCCUGUGCCAGGGGAACGGCCGCUGCGUCCGCCGGGACCCCCUCGCCCGCCAUUACCUCCACCUGAGCGCCAAGAGUUACCACAUCCAGCCCUCCGUUGAUGGGCACUUUGCCGUCACUGGGUGGCACUCACAGCACGAGCUGCAGCUGCUGACUGAGAGGUUUCGCUGCCACUGCUACGAAGGCCACGAGGGAGAGAGCUGUGACAGCAUCAACAAAGUGAGGGAGGAUGACGGGCCGUGGAGGAAGGAGGAGAAGGACGAGCAGGAGAGGCGGAGGGCGGAGUGGGAGGACGAGCAGGAUAUACAGGAGGAGGGAGGGGAGAGUGAGGCAACACUGACCGGGUACAGCCUUCACCUGAUGUUGUUGAUGCUCCUGUUGAACUUAUCAUUAGUAAAGACAGUCGUAUGAUGCACUCUGACAAAAGGAGCAGUCAUUUUUCAACACAGCUGUGUACAGAUGUUACUUUUCAACACACAGACAGUAGGAUAUUUUUGAUUUAAGAUGGAGACGAACUGGUCUUUGGCUGAAUUUGAAUCCAGGAUGUUACUGUUUCACCCCGUUUAAAAGACUUACCAAAUGCUGAUCAGUGAAUCUAGUGAUAGUUUUUUACUAAACAAUUAUCAUUUUGGCCUGGUUCCAGACCACUGGAUCACUGCCCACAUCUUUAGAUUAGUUCAGUGAUUCAAAUAGGUCUGAUGUUGUGCUCAUUAACGGCUGUUUCCCUGGCUGGAUGAGAUGUUUGCAGCUGUACAGGUAGCCUAGUUGUAAGAUGACUUAAAGGAAUAAAAACUUGAAUUGACAUAUUUCUUUGAUCGACAUGACAGCCAACAUGAAAGCAAUGUCAGAAUGACUAAUGAAGCAAAAAAAAACCAAAAUGCUAAUUCAGUCUGAAUAUCAGGCUAUAAUCAUUUAGCCUUUUAAAAUGUCAAAUAAAACCAAAUGUUCAUCUUUAGUUCCCAGAGUCCAAAGCGAUUCUUCAAACUGCUUGUUUACUCUGUUACUGCUUGAUUAGUUUUGCUGGUAUUUGGUCACAAACCAAAGUAUUUCACAAACUGGAAUUUUGACCUGAUGAUGGCGCUAGACGGAAACGUCAGGGGAUUCCCAAAGUUAUUACAGUUCAUCCUGAGGGGGGCUGGUGUGUGUAGCAAAUUUCAGGGGUCAUGGGAUCACCAAAGUCAGUAGAGUUUAUCCUCUGGGAAGCGUAAAUGUCUGUUCAAAAUGUCAUGGUAAUCCACUAGUGAACAUUAGAGUAACUUCAGCUGAUCGACACACUGAUCACACACAUUAGCGCUCAGCUGAGGUCGCUGCUGAGUGGAAGAGAAACUUUUAAAAUGAAUGGUGUUCAAUGUGAAAUGAAAACGAAGCCUUUUUUCUCUGAGAGCUGCUGUGUUGAAAAGUAACGUGUAAAAACAUGACACUUUCUUCUUAAGGAGUGUGAUGGCCCUUUACAUGACACAGAGGUUUGGUUAAUUGUAAUACUUCUGCAACCAUCUGCACUGCCUCUUUUGCCAACAACUGCAUCAGUUCUUCCAGGAAUGUUAAUUAGUAAAUGUACAUACUGUUUGUUAAACUGUUACACUCAGUAAAGAGAAGGUUUGACAUGAUGAUCAUCCAGUGCCACUGCAGAGCCGAGGACUGGAUAGGACAUGAUCCAUGUUUUUAACUCUUAAAGCUUCACAGUUCAAUAGAAUCACAGUCAAAUCUGGCUCACUGCAGGGCGAUCCUACAGUUAGUUUUGUGGAGACACAACAGCCAAGCUUUUCAAUGGAAACCAAAGGGUGCUAAUACUACCACACAGCCAUAUAUAGGAAAAUGAUCACUAACACACAACUGGUCAGUUGUGUUUUUUGAAGACAUCCAUUAAGAAUUGCUGUUAGUUUAUUUCUAAUGGCAUGAAACGUGUUUUUUCUGUCAACAAUAAGCUGUUGUUAUGUUACUUGACAUUAUACAUUGUGUGUAUUUUUUGUACUGUUGCUUACAUUAUACUCGCCUCAUAUUUGAGCCUGUUGGGACGUGGCGUGCACAUGCUGUAGGUGCUAUUGAUUUCAAAAUAUUAUGUAUCUGUAUCUUUUCUAUAUAGAUAUAAGUACAAGUAUAGAGGAUCAGGUUUGCUUUUCUGUGACUAUGUAGAGGUUGAUGUUACUACAUCUCUCAGUUCAACAGACUGUGUUUAGUUUUUGAUGAUAUCUCAUCUUGUUGUGUCUGAGUGGACCAAGCAGUUAUAUCUCUGUCUUUGAAGCUGAUGUACAGUACUGUAGGUAUGACAAAACACUGAACAGGAUGUAAAAGAGCACAUACUGUAUCUGAAUACAUGACUCAGUGGCUAUCUGUGGUUCUAUGGUUCAGCAACGCCUACUUCUUGCCAAAGUUGGUGGUUUCAGUUCAAACCAAAGUUGGAACAUAGAGCAGUAAAUAAAGUGUUAAAGAAUAAUCUCCUGCAAAAAUAUGACUGGAAGCAGAAAGCUGACUGAAGGCUAAAUGCAGGUUCCUUGAGUCUAAUAAUGUGUACCUGAUGUAAAAAGAAGGCAAGGCAGUCUUCUUAAACCUGACAUGGACCCGAACAGAUCAGAAUCCAGAAAAACUGUUCUUACCGGUUUGUUGAAGCCUCCAGUUAGUUUGAAAUUCUUGGCCUGUCUCUUUCUCGGUCUUGAUUGGUUUUUACCUGGUCCAUUCCAAGCUUAACCCUACCGAGCAGUUGACAAAACAAGCGCCAUCAUCCAUUUUCCUCGCUUGUUGUGGAGCUUUCAACCUUCAUCAGCAGAUAAAGUUUGCUUGGUUGUCGUAAAACUGUAGAUGUUAAAACUUUCAUUACUCUGAUCACGUUUAGGACUUCAUUGAUGCUACCGACUACAUCAGAAUGUAAACAACAUUCACUUUCUAACCUGGUAUCCCCGUUCUCCCGGAACAUAUAUUGCCAGGGUUUUGAUUUUUUUAUUCUACUUCCGCUAGGACUGGAGUGUAGAGUCACAAAACUCUGGGAAUUCAGAGACGCACAAAACAAACUUUUCCAGCAUUCGUUUCUAGUACUGUAAAAUCGGUGCCGUCAUACCUUCCACCUCCCAUCAGUCACAGAAUCCCACUGGACGCACGUUGUGGAGGUCUGUGGAUUGUGGGCCAAAGUUCAAUUUAGUUGAACAUUUGGUGCAAAAGACCUGCUGGGAAGAAGGUCAGGGUGGAUGGUUGAUUGUACACACAGAUUGUGUGACAGUUUUCUUUUAACCAUAACCGCAAUCUUUCUCCAACCUUAACCAAGUAGUUUUAGUGACCUAAACUUUGCCAAACACUAACCAUAGAAGCGGCAGAGCAGAAAACAGUUAUAUGAAUCAUUGUAAUAGUUUUGGAAGACACUGCCAAAUAAUUUUGUCGUCAGAUCAGAAGAAGCUCAUGUCUGUUGUUUUGGAGGGCAAAGACAAAUGACGUGUUGUGGUUUAGUUUGAUGGACGUGUUGACUUCAGGAUAAACGCAGUUCUGUUUGCUCACACUGACAUUUUCAACUAGCGCAAAUGUGUCUUCUCAACUCAAUUCGUGCCACCUAGAGGAAGUCCGUUUCCACUUGUGUCUUUUCAUAUACUUUGUACACAAUCGCACCACUCCUAAAAUUCUCUUUGCUCUCAGUCUGAUCACGCCUUUGUGUUUCUCCCAGUAAACAGCAGGAUUGAUUUUUCUGUGGCAGCUGCACACUCAUUCAUUUUAACGCACAUUCAAGUUUUUAAUUUGUUGCAGACUGUUCUGUGGUCCAAUCACAGACCAGUGACCUGGAGCAUUUUAUGGUAAACCAAAUCCAGGACCUGAGACCUGGUUCGGGUCGGGUCAUCCCAAAGAUGUCUAAUGAAGGUUGAGUCUCGGUAACUUUCUGGUCUUUAAAGUUAAACAUGUAGCAUCUGUAACAAGUCUCUGUACCAGUAUUAAUCAGCACUUCCAUCUCAAACAAGCCUUCAGGUGAAGUUCAGGUCUGAAGAGUUUCACUUCACUCAUCAUGAUGCAUUAACUGUUUCCUGCAUUUACUGUGUUUUUUUUCCUUAGGAUUGUAAACCAAAUAUGCAACAAGGACUAUGCAAUGCGAAAAAUGUUACCUGAAUGUAAAUGCACUGCAAAUAAAGAGUUUUCUUCA